AUGCACGCACAGCAGUCUGAUGAGCACAAGUGCAUACUACUGCAGACAGCCUUUCCAUGGACGGAGGGAGAAGAAAGUGGGUGCUACGCAAGGAUUAUGCUGGACAACGGGAGCCAGAGGACAUUCAUCCUCAAAAGAUUGUCGGGAAAACUAGGGUGCAAAGUAAAAAGAUCCGAAAGAAUCACCGUUGGAUCGUUUGGAGGAGGAGAGGUGGAACUCGACUUGAAAGUCGUCGAAGUCAACGUGAAGAAGGACCCUACAUCCGAACACAUCACCAUUGAAGCGCUCGAGAUAGAAGUGAUAUCCUGCGACGUGCUACCAUCUCCACCUUUGGCAGUACGAGAAAGAGCAAGAUCUCUAGGAAUUUCUUUGGCUGAUGACAGUAAGAAGGCGGGCAAUGACGGCGAAAAUCUAGAAACUUCAAUAUUAAUUGGAGCAGAUUACUACUGGACGGUAGUCACUGGUUGCAUUCGCGAGAUACAGCCGAAAAUAAUGGCAAUAGAAACGAUGUUGGGAUGGACGGUUCAAGGUCCUGUAGAUCUUCGUUCUGUUCCACUGAAAUCAUCGAUGGUUAUUGUCCUCAAGGUCAGUGCCAAUUCUGACACGAUCACCGAUGAACUGCAGAAGUUCUGGGAUUUGGAAAGCAUGGGAAUCACGGAGGAUCCCGAGAAAAAGCCAAGCGAUGACCGUGUGAUACAGUACAUCAGAGAAACAAUGGAGUUCAAGGCAGGAAGGUAUCAAGUGCGGCUACCAUGGAAGGAAAACGUAACGUUAUGUGACAACAAGGCAGUUGCAGAGAAGAGGCUUAUGCAGGUGACAAAGAAAUUUUGGAAAAAUCGCGAUGACCUUCAAGCCUACGACAAAGCUAUUCGAGAAUACUUCGAGAAAGAAAUAGCAGAAAACGUCGAAGAACCUGCCGGAACAGACGUACGGAACAAAUUUGUCUAUUAUAUGCCCCAUCAGGCUGUGAUCAAGAAAGAAAGAACAACGACAAAGAUACGGAUCGUAUUUGACGCAUCGUCAAGUCAAAACCCAGGGGAAUCACUGAAUGACAACCUGGAAAAUGGGCCAACCUUAACCCCGAUAUCACAAGUUUGCUGA